AUUUCAUAAUGUAUUAAUAACCAAAUAGUAGGUCCACGAGAAUCUAGUCCUCAGCAACAGCUGAAUAAAAAAUGUUAACCUAAAUCGUACCUUUCAAAUUGAAAAUGAAGAUUUUCUAUGUUUUGGCGUUGUUUUCUUUAAAUACUUGUUCAGCUUGGGAUUCUGAUCAACUAGAGGUAUUUGAUGUAGUCGAUGAAGUAAAGGAAAAUUUCUACGAUCUUCUUAACAUUUCCAAAGAUGCCUCUAGCUCCGAAAUACGAUCAGGAUUUAGGGCUCUUUCUCUAAAAUUACAUCCAGACAAAAACUUGGAUACGGACACCUCGAAAGAGUUCCGAAACUUGGUGUCCGUUUACGAUAUUUUAAAAAAUCCUACCAAGCGAAAAUAUUAUGAUGAAGUACUCGUUAAUGGCUUGCCCAAUUGGAGAUCCGCAGUUUAUUACUACCGAUAUGUGCGGAAAAUGGGCAUGGCUGAAGCUUGUCUCAUACUAUUUAUUAUCAUUACUGUUGGACAGUAUAUUGUUAAUUGGGCUGCAUACUUUGAAAGGAAAUUCACUAUACAAGAAAUUUUAAAGAAAAAGAAAACCGGAAGAAAAGCGAAAAAUUAUGAUGAAGAUAUUGAAAUAGACAUACCAAAGCCCUCAUUUCUAGAUACGCUACCAUUUCAACUUCCGAAGUUAAUAUGGUUUAUUAUUAUAUCCAUACCAUCUGGUUUAGGUUUUAUUAAAACAGCAGUGACUCAACAUAUUGAAGAAGCUACCAAACCAGCUCCUGAGCCAGUGGUAGAACCUGUUAAAGUAAAAACGGUCAGAAAACGGAACAAAUUUAUUGUUCCCGAAGGGCCAAACUUUGAAAUUGCAUCUUCAAAAGUCAGCGAAGAAAAGUCAACACAUUCAACUGUACCUCCACCCAUAACAGGUGGUUUGUGGACUGAUGAUGACCUAGAUGAAUUAAUAAGAUUAGUAAAGAAGUUUCCACAAGGAUCAUCAAAAAGAUGGGAGAAUAUUGCUGAAGCAUUAAGAAGGUCGAUCCCAGAAGUGACAUUCAUGGCAAAUAAAAUGAAAGAAAAUGGAUAUAGAUUGCCAUCGGAGAAGGAAGAAGACGUUAUACCGUUGAAAGUAAAGCAAAAAACGAAAAAAGAUGUGGACGUAGGAGAUAAUAUAAAGAAAUGGAGCCAGGUGCAACAAAAGGCUCUGGAAGAAGCCCUACCCAAAUAUCCAAAAGGCGUAUUGGAUCGAUGGGAUAAAAUAGCAGAUCAUGUUCCGGGCAAAACAAAAGAGGAGUGCAUGAUGCGAUUUAAGUUUGUAGCCGAACUACUAAAAAAACAAAAAGAAUCCAAUGAAGCUAACACAGGAGUAAGUGGUACUGAAAAUACAGUUUUAUAAUAUAUUCAAUUAUUAUUUAAA